AUGUCUGCUCAUAAGUUCUUGAUCUGGGGUGGAGAAGGUUGGGUUGCUGGCCAUCUCAAGGAACUGCUCCAGAAGCAGGGUAAGGAGGUCGAAACCACCACCAUUCGUAUGGAGAACCGCGAGUCUGUGCUUCAAAAACUCGAGGAGUACAAGCCAACCCACGUUCUUAACUGCGCUGGUGUUACCGGACGACCAAACGUCGAUUGGUGUGAAGAUAACAAGGAGGCCACCAUCCGAAGCAAUGUCAUCGGUACCCUCAACUUGGCCGACUGCUGCUGGUUGAAGGGAAUCCAUAUCACCAACUUUGCUACCGGAUGUAUCUACCAUUACGACGAUGAGCACCCAAUUGGCGGAAAGACCUUCACUGAAGAGGAUACUGCCAACUUCUCCGGCAGCUACUACUCUGCUACCAAGUCCAAGGUUGAGGAGAUCAUGAAGCAAUACAGCAAUGCUUUGGUUCUCCGACUUCGUAUGCCAGUCUCUGAUGACCUCCACCCACGAUCUUUUGUCACCAAGAUCUCCAAGUACGAGAAGGUCGUUAACAUCCCGAACAGCAACACCCUCCUCACCGACAUGCUCCCCGUCUCCAUUGUUCUCGCUGAAAACAAUGAAACUGGUGUCUACAAUUUCACCAACCCCGGUGCCAUUUCCCACAACGAGGUUUUGGACUUGUUCGCCAAGUAUGUCCGCCCAGGAUUCACAUACAGCAACUUCACUGUUGAAGAGCAGAGCAAGAUCUUGAAGGCCGGCCGAAGCAACUGCGAGCUUGACACCACAAAGUUGGUUAACAAGUUGAAGGAGUACAACGUUGAGAUCCCAGAGGUCCACGUUGCCUACGAGGAGUGCUUCAAGAGGAUGGCCGCCGGUGGAACAAAAUAA